GCGCUUACUUGUCGCAGCGGUAGCAGAUUCGAUUCAUUUACUUGUCGGAACGGAAGCAAAUUCGAUUUAUUUACUUGUCGGAACGGAAGAAAAUUCGAUUCAUUUACUUGUCGAAACGGAAGCAAAUUCGAUUCAUUUACUUGUUGGAACGGUAGUAAAUUCGAUUCGCUUACUUGUCGCAACGGUAGCAAAUUCGAUUCGCUUACUUGUCGCAACGGUAGCAAAUCCGAUUCAUUUACAUGCCGGAACGGAAGCAAAUCCGAUUCAUUGA